AUGAUCUCCCUGGCGCAUCAGUAUUACUGGUUCCCAAAUAUGGUCCAGCGGAUCAGAGAAACGGCUAAGACAUGUUCUCAAUGUGCUAAGGCUGCGGAUGAUCCUAUCAAAACUCCCUUACAUUUGUGGGAGAGACCAAACAAUCCAUGGGAACGAUUGCACAUGGAUUUCUGUGGACCAGUACAUGGAUACACCUGGUUAAUGGUAGUGGAUGCUUAUACCAAAUGGUGUGAAGCAAUUCCGAUGACCAAGAUUACCGCAAAAGCACUCAUAAAUAAGUGUAGAAUUCUCUUUGCUACUUUUGGUAUUCCCGAACAGAUAGUAUCAGAUAAUGGAACUCAACUUACCUCGCAAGAGUUUAAGGAGUACUGUAACUAUUCAGGGAUUAAGCAAAUUUUUUCUCCGCCAGACAAACAGAGCUGUAAUGGUCAAGCGGAAAGGUUGGUUAGGUCCUUCAAAACUGCACUAAAGAAGCAGGAAUUGGACAAAGGAACGGUUGAGGAAAAAGCUUUGAAAUGGUUAUUCUAUUAUAGGCUGACCCCUCAUCCAGCUACUGGAGUAGCACCCAGUGAGCUUAUGUUCGGAAGGAAAUUACGGUCAAGACUAGACAUCAUGCCCAGAAAGGAAAGGGUAGUUCCUGAAAAGGAAAAAGAAAAGGUCCAACAGUAUAAGAGGCAAACGCUGAAAAAACUUCUACCUCUCCACAGGAUCCACCGAUUAUUUCUCUAGGAUACGGUGGAGGAGGAGGAGAAGGAGGUGGAGAAAACGCAGAAGGAACCGGUCAAAAUGAGUCUGAGCUGGAAAAUGAAGGGGGAAGAGAACCUCCACUGCCACCAGCUCAAGGGAACAGUCCAAGCCCGACUAGAGAAAGAAGCCGAUCACGGUCUGUAGCCAGAGGGCAAGGAGUCGGAAUUUUACCUGACCAUACGCCCGCAGUAAGGGUUAAAAGGGCAGUGCAUCCUCCCAAACGCCUCACCUACGGUGAAAACGGCGAACAAGAGGAGAAUAACAACCGGUUAAAUCGGAUAGAGUUCAUUAGAAAUGAAGAAGAAAAGGGAAAAGGUCAAGGACAAAAAAGUCCAAGACAUGUGAGCAGGUAUGCAAAUUUGGAGCCAAAAAGCAUAUAUAAAGGCCCCAAUAGCGGCCAGAAGCCAACCAUGGCCAAAUGUGCGCUUUGCGGUGGUGCACUCCAGUGCCCCCGCCAGACCUGCCAGACCAGAAGGAAGAGCAGCCGCCCCAAGAAGUGGACACGGAGAGGACUAUUGGACGCCCUCGUCAGCCUAGCCAACAAGAAGAAGAGACCGACGACCCAACCACCACUGCCACCUGCCCAACCACUGCCACCUGCCCAACCACCACUGCCACCUGCCGCCCCAAGAAGUGGACACGGAGAGGACUAUUGGACGCCCUCGCCAGCCUAGCCAACAAGAAGAAGAGACCGACGACCCAACCACCACUGCCACCUGCCCAACCACUGCCCGAGCCAACUCCUCCCCAACCAGGACCCUCGAGAAGCAACCAAGUUCCUGAACCCCCUCACCCAGAAGAUCAAGAAAUGGACGAUGGAUUGGUGGAUGACCUGUUGGCCGAGCUCACUGCUGAAGACCUGGAGGAACUAAUGGCGACUACUUCGAUUGGCUCGAAGUAG